AUGGCCGUAACACUACAAAUGGCACGCCAUAGCAGCUCAACAAAGGUGCUUGAAAAGCUAAUGAAAUAUAAACAAGGUUCCAAUGAUGGGGUGUAUUGGACCCAAGAAGAUCACAGCAAUGCCAAGGAUGUUGAAAUCACUGCUUAUGUGUUGAUGGCACUUCUCGAGACCAAUACAGAUCCGCUGUUUAGUAAAAAGGUUCUGAAAUGGUUAACAGAACAACGUAACCAACAUGGCGGAUUUAAGUCUACCCAUGAUACGGUGGUGGGUCUACAAGCUAUGGUCAAAUAUUCACAAAAAUAUAAUUCCGCCGAGGAUGUGAAUGUCAAAGUGAAUUACACGGCAAAAAAUCUGCAAGGUGACUCCUUGAAAUCGGGUGAAAUUAACGUGGAUGCUAAUAAUGUUAUGAUUUUACAAACUGAAGAGUUACCCAAAGCAACACGAGCUGUGGAAAUUGAAGCCAGUGGUCUGGGUAAUUCUCUACUACAGCUGAACUAUCAUUAUUACAUCGUGACCACAGAAAAUUUCCUGCAUUUUCAAAUAGAACCGAAAACGAAAAUUUUAAAUCCCGACGAAAUGCUGUUGGAAAUUUGUUUCACCUAUAAAUCAAAAGAGCAGGCAUCGGCGGCAGCCACCACCAAUAUGAUAAUAAUGGAAGUAAACCUACCUUCAGGAUUCACGACCAACGAUGAGGAUAGCAAUGAUUUAUUGGAAAAUGAAAUAAUACAAAGAAUUGAGGCGAAAAAUGAGGAAACCACCCUAGUUGUCUAUUUCGAAAAAUUAACGGCAAAUAUAAGAAAUUGCCUAAAUAUUCUGGCGAAUAAGGUGCAAGAUGUUAUUCAACGUAAACCGGCGUCAAUAACAAUUUAUGAUUAUUACAAUAUAAGUCGUCACGAUACGGUAUUCUACAGUGUGGAACGGGAUAAAAGUCCGCAGCAUCAAGCAAAACUUGAUGAAACCUUAAUACGAAUUGGAUAA